AUGACACCAUUCUCAGGCCAACCUUGCCAACGACGGGAAACCGUCAAGGGCUGUUACCGUGGCCCGAUGACAUUGACCGUCGUCAUUGCCAGGAACCCCGUAGCAUCCUCUCAUCGUCAUGCUACCGGCGUGAUAUACCUGGUGACUGGUUGUGGCAAGGCUGUCGGUGGGCAGAAACAGACAUACGGACCGGUGUUUCUUCAGCUUUCUUCAACUGUCACCCACCCACCAGCUAUCAUCAACACGAUCUCCACAAUGCUCACUCAACGUCUCGCGACCCACGCCAUCCGUCAGCUCCACCCGGUCUCCCGCUCGGCUUCCGCCUCGGUUCUCACUGCCAUCCGCCUCCAGCCCACUCCUCGCCAGUUUUCGGUUACGGCUCGCUCGCAGGACAAGCCCAAGUCGGCGGCCCAGAAGGCUCGCGAGAAGGUCGAGGCCGACGUUGUGCUCGACUCGGCCCUCCCCUCCGACCUCCCUGGUGCCAUUAAGCCGGACGCGCCCAAGUCCCCCCUGGACAAGCUUCCCGCCGGCGCCCGCGCUGUCGCCGACCUCGAGCUAGACUCGGCCCUCCCCUCGGACCUCCCCGACGCCGUCAAGGCUGCCAAGGAGACCGCUCAGAAGAUUGCCGGCGACGUUCAGCAGGCGGCCCUGGCUGGCGCCAAGUCGGCUGCCGACACUCUUGAGCAAACUGCGGAGGCCGUUCAAGACGCUGUCAACAGCAAGCAGCAGGAGCAGUCUGGCAAGCGCGAGCUUUCAGGCCUUCCCCCGUCCGACUUUGACAACACCAAGCUCAAGCCCGGAGAGUAUGAGGAGGUAAUUGUGGAUGCGCCCCCACCGGUCGUUCAGACCACGCGCAACCUCCUCCUCAUCUCGGCCCUCCUUGGUGUCAUUGCUGGUAGCCUGUACUGGUCAAAGAACGGGAAGAAGAUUCAGGAGAUUGAGGAGAAGAAGCUUGACAAGAUGGAACACGAGGCCGUUGCCAGGGCCAAGGCUGCCGCUGACGCCGCGCAGUCCAAGAAGUAA